AUGAUCAGGUCACGAAUAUCACUUUGGGCCCGACAACAGUUCAUUCCCCGAACUUCUUCCUCGUUGCUCUUCUAUUCUUGCUGUUGGCAGAAUUCUGUCAGUGGACUUGCAUGCACGUCAACCAUGGCUUUCAAGAAUUUUUCGUCUAGCGUUGACUCUAGUCCACUCCCCUUCACAUAUGUCCCGAUAGAAGAAGUAGAGCCACUUGAAAAGUACCAGCCAGGUGGAUAUCACCCUAUUCUGAUAGGAGAUGUUCUUCACUCUCGAUAUCGAGUUGCCCACAAGCUUGGUUACGGAGGCUAUUCAACCACCUGGCUUUGCCGGGACUACCGGUCUAGUUCAUAUGUGGCAGUGAAAGUCGGAACGGCGGAUUCAAGCGAUCGAGAGGUUGAUAUCCUCAAUUAUCUCAACCAUUCUACUCCGUUUGAACACCCGGGGAAGACAAUGAUACCUUCUAUAAAAGACAGAUUCGUCCUCCAUGGCCCUAAUGGCACCCACCCUUGCUAUGUGACAACCCUAGCAAUGUGUAGUGUCUCUAGUGCGAGAGAAGGGUCAUACAAACGCAUCUUCCAGGCCAUGACAGCUCGCUCGCUUAUCGUGCAACUUUUGUUAGCCGUCGAGUACAUCCAUAGUAAAGGUGUUGUUCACGGAGAUUUGCACAUCGGCAACAUCCUUUUUCGCCUCCCAGCUGAUUUCGAUCAGCUCUCAAUUGAAGAGUUAUACGAAAAUUGCGGCUCACCAGCAUUAGAACCAGUCAUUCGUUUUGAUGGUCAACCCCUUGACUCUAGUGUUCCAUCUAGCGUCGUCCCUCCUAUCUGGCUUGGUAAAGCUUCGGAGGAAUUCUCACUUCCAGAAUCCAGAGUCUUGCUCAGUGAUUUUGGAGAGACAUACCGACCCUCUGCAGAGCGCCGAUAUAGCUCGCACGUCCCUAUGUCCUUCAUGCCGCCUGAGGCCCGAUUUGAGCAAGAGUGCGGGCUUUCUUUUUCAGCUGACAUUUGGACACUCGCGUGCUCCAUUUGGAUAAUACUCGGCCAGCGCCCCAUAUUUGAGGACAUCUUUGCCACGCCAGACGAUAUCACAGCCGAGCAAGUUGAUACUCGAGGAAAAUUACCCCUACGAUGGUGGGAGAAAUGGGCGGCACGGCAUGAAUAUUUUGAAGGAAGCGGAAAACCAAAUCAAGGUCGACAGGUGAGGUCUUGGGAAGACCGAUUUGCAAAGCACAUUCAACCCACGACAACAAGCGGGAAUUUCAAGUUUUGA